GGGCUCCUCUGGCAGCCCCCGGCCAGCCCCGCGCGCUGGCCGCGCACCCCGCGUGCGUGCCGGCCGCCGCGUCCGCCUGCGCGCCCCCCGCCGGCGCCGCCUGGCCCCGUGCGGCCCUGGAGGCGCACGCCCGGAGGCCCGACAACCAGGAGUGUGCGGACUGCGGCGCGCGGGCGCCAGAGUGGGCGUCCGUGAACCAGGGGGUCACGCUCUGCAUCGUCUGCGCCGGGGUGCACCGCUCGCUCGGGGCGCACGUGUCCAAGGUGAGCCCCCCGAGGCUCGACUCCUGGAAGCCUGACGAGGUGCAGCAGUUUUUGUCCGGGGGCGGCAACGCCGAGGUCGGCAGGAGGCUGUGCUCUCGGGGCGCCGCCCAGCGGCUCGCGCCGGGAGCGCCCCGGGAGCAGACCGGUUCAUCGCGGCGAAGUAUGCGCCGUCCUCCCCCGUGCCGGAGGGCAGGUCGCGAGCGGCGGCUGGCGGGGAGGCGGCGGCGCGCGUGGGGACGGCGUGCCACCAGGGCCUGGUCAUCGUGGAGGUGCGGAGCCUCGAGCUGGCGGGCGGCAGG